UUUUGUUUGCUUUUUUGCAUGUCAGAGUUCUGCUUUCUCUGUGCAGCAGUGAGUGAAUGUAUUGGUUUUUCAGCUCCUGAUGCCUCUCUGAAGAAGAGGAAACCUCGCUCUCUUUUACCCUUCAGCACAUCCAUGGAUCACAGAUCAAAAGAUGAAUUGCAUCAGGAUUGCUUGAGGCUGGCAACGUGUCUGAAAACCAAAGAUCAUAAUGAAGAUGUGUCCCCUGACCUCCAGAAUCGCAUCCACUUGGGGCUGUUCACAGACAGAGCUUCUCUGCACAACAUGAUUGAUGUGGAAGGAAAAUACCACUUGGAGAAUGGACAUCCAGAGCUGUUUCAACAGCUCAUGUUGUGGAAAGGAGACAUGAAGGGUGUACUCCAGGCAGCUGCUGAGAGGGGAGAACUGACAGACCAGCUGGUAGCAAUCUCACCCAUGGUUGGAUAUCAGGCUUGGGUUUGGACAGUAGAAGCCUUUGCAAAGCAGCUGUGUUUCCAGGAGCAAUACGUGAAGGCUGCCUCCCAUCUUCUGUCCAUUCAUAAGGUGUAUGAAGCUGUCGAGCUCCUGAAAGUGAAUAAUUUUACAGGUUGUUGCAUGUUUGUGGAAGCAAUUGUAAUUGCUAAGGCCCGGUUGCGUCCAGAAGAUCCAAUUCUGAAGGAUCUCUACACCAGUUGGGCAGCUCUAUUAGAGAAAGAUGGUCAUUAUUCCAUGGCUGCCAAAUGUUAUCUGGGUGCUUCCUCACCCUACGAUGCAGUUAAAGUGCUGGCAAAGAAGGGGGAUGCAGCAUCCCUUAAAACUGCUGCUGAGCUUGCUCUGAUAUCUGGAGAGGAGGAAUUGUCAGCAAGUUUGUCUUUCAGAUGUGCCCAAGAAAUGCUGUUAUCCAGGAACUGGGUUGGAGCACAGGAAGUCCUUCAGCAACAGAAAACUUUAUUUGGGCAAAGACUUGUUUUCUGCCUCAACGAACUGCUUUGUAAGUGCCUUAGCGAAAGAAAUCCCUGUAAUCGAAGGAGCCCUGUGCCUCCUUGUUAUCACAGCUGGGAGCUGAACAGAGAUGCCUCCUUUUUCGACAUGGCGAUAGAAGUAUGGCAGAAGGUCCUAGGCAUGGACACCACUGAAAAAGCCACAUGUGCACAGGAGCAACUGCGCAGUAUUAAGCAUCCUCCUUCUACCAGCCACACUCACCCAAAGCAGGUGCUUUUCUAUAUCUCCCACGACCUGACCCUCGCAGCACUGAGCUACCAGGCUGCUGCCUGGGAUGAGACAGUGAAAAGUAUUCUUGGUGCCGUGGCCCGUAGUUACGAUGCUGGCAAUUUUACUCUGAUGCAAGAAAUUUGCAGUAUUUUCCUUCCUGAAGGCUGUGAGAACCUGAGAGACAAACUGGACAGUACAAAUUCUCAAAGUUUAGAUGCUUGCAGAAGUUUAGAGGGCUUUGUGGCUUAUGGACUGCUGUAUGAUCUGUGGUGGAACCCACCUAAAGGUUCUUCUGCCAAGCAAAAGGCUGGUUUGGAUCCUGUGUUGUGUCCCACUGAGCAGACAGCUCUUGAGCAGAGUUGCAUUCCUGAUCACUCCUCUCCUGAAGAAACUCCUGAUCAAGCUGCAGUUGAGAUGGAUGAAAACCUCAGCAGUACAAUUGAAUUUAAUAGAUGCAAGACAGAAAGCGACUCGGAAACUAACUCAGUCAAUUUGGCAGACAGACAGUCAAAACUGAACAGCUGCAAAGUGCUCCUUUCAGAAGCGAUUGCUGCUUUACAGAGCACACAGAGAGAUAUAGCUGAGGUCCAGAAAAUUUUAGCAGACAUGAUCCACCAGCAUCAGCAACAGAGGAAUAAUCCCCAGGAAAGCACAACUGGAAGUAUCCAUGAGAACAACGUGCAGCAGAGUUCAGAGAAUGAAUCGGAUGAGCCAUGCUCUGACAGCAGUCAGAUCAAGCGUAAAGAUGAAGAAACAAUUACCCUCCCUGAACUAACAAAGCGACUCUUGGAAGCAAAGCAGAAACUAGCAGAAUUUCCAGACAGUUUAAAGGUCUUUCCGUUCCCUGAUGUGCUGGAAUGCUGCCUUGUCCUCCUUCACAUUGGAGCCCAGUGUCCUCCUGAAUUACAUGAACAGGCAUUGGAUCUCCUUAGGAAACAUGGUAGUGCUGACGUUUAUGGAAAGGCUGUCAGGAAAUUCUUGACAUGACCUUUUGAGACAGACACAUCUCCUUUGAGCUGCUCACAAUUACUUAGCACCAAUUAACACCAAGACUGUUCUUUCUUCAAAGUGAAGGCUUGUUUCUACGGAUAUAGUUACUGAUGACUGCUGUUUUGGAUAAAAUUACAAAAAAAUCGGGUUUAUAUACAUAUAUUCAUGGUUAUCAACUACUACUUAAUGAGAUUGCGUUAGGAAAUUGAAAAGUAGUUGAUUGCAGCCUUGAAACUCUAUACAGGAGUUUUAUAUGUCUUUUAUUUGCUGGAAGUGAUGCUAAGGAAAUCUCUUAGAAUUUACAUGCAAAAUAGUUUUGAGCAGCUGUCUUCCAGCAGAAGAGCACUAGCUGCCCUCUGAAGAAAAUAAUGGUUCCUUCAAGUAGUCUGACCUUUAAACCAGUGUUGUACUUAAGAAAAGUGUGAGUUUAUUUUCCCUUCUUUAAAUAAAGUCUUCUACAAGCAGGAACGGGCAUUUAAUUAGAUGCUAUUAGAAGUAGUUAUUUUUGUUGCUGCUAGAACAAUAGAAAUUGAACAUGCUUGAUAAAGCAGGUGUUUGUUGCUU